GGUUAAUACUACUCUAAGACUACAAGUUUUUACUGUAGCCUCUAUUAUGAACUGUGUGUGUAACUAUGCAAGCUAGUAUUGAAGAAUUAGAAGAUAUAGAGGAGAAAAUGAAGAGGAGAAGAGAAAUGGAGAAGGGGUCAGAGAUCAGGUCUGCUAUUGAAGAACUCUCCAUGGUUAUCAAACUGAAGCCCAAAGAUAACCCUGAUGCCACUUCUUAUGUGCCCACUAAGCCUUUCUUACAUAUCUGCAGCUUGGUUCUUCAAGUUCUUGAUAAGAUUGGGCCAACUAUGCUUGUACUUAGACAAGAUAUUCAUCAGAAUGUUCAGCGAUUGGAAAAGCUUUGUGAAUUGGAUCCUUCAUUGUAUUCAAAUGUGGAUGAAAUGUUGAAGAAAGAGGCUAGUGAAGGCAAUACAAGAAAGGCUUCAAGCUGUAGCAGAGCUUUUGUUUGGCUCACGAGAUCCAUAGAUUUUACUGUGGCUUUAUUACAAAGAUUGGCAAGGAAUCCUGAGCAGAAAAUGGAGCAAGCAGUGGAAGAGUCCUACAACACUACUUUGAAGCCAUGGCAUGGAUGGAUAUCGUCCGCUGCUUUCAAGUGUUUGCAGGUAGCUCUGAAACUAUUGCCUGAUAAUAUAACCUUUAUCAAUCUCCUCCUUGCAAAAGAUGAAAACUAUGACACCCUAAAGGAGGAAAUGCAGACCUUGACCUCAUUACUGGGGCCUUUUCUAGAGGAGAUUCACAGUAUUCUGAGAUUGCAUCGCUUACAUAUGUUGAAGUCCCCAUAAAGAAGAAAAUUUGGAACCAAGUCAAUACCAGUGUACAGAGUUUGGUUUUGUGUAGCUUCAGGUUUUUACAACUAAAUUUUCUGUUCAUGUAAAUAUAAAGCUGUGAUUUUGUCAAACAGAUAUGCCUAUAUAUAUAUCCUCUCACAUGUGAAUAUUUAGCUUAUGUACAUCUGAAAAAAGACUUCUCAUAUAUAUAUUGAUAUUCAUUUAUAUAAAAGUACAAAUAUGAAUUAGAUAUGA